AUGGGAGGAGGGGGGGGGGGGCUGAAAAAAUUUCAAAACAGAAAGCGGUACCCAACUGCGAUCCUAAUUGGGGCCCAAAAAUGCGGAACGACAACACUGAAAAAGUUUUUGAACUUUCACCCGUCGAUAGUUGCAGCAAGUCAUGAGCCUCAAUAUUUCAACAAGGAUGCAAACUUCGAACAUAGCCCUAAUUAUCAGGUUUACCUGGACUUCAUGGAACCCUCGCUUCCAAACCAGAUAACUCUGGAAAAGACUCCGUAUUUUGCACUUAGAAACACUCCGGAGCGAGUGCGGAAUUAUGAGAAAUUUCUGGGAGUGAAGUUGAAACUGAUUCUGAUUGUGCGGGAGCCAAUUCACAGAGCAGUUUCUUGGUUCCAUCAUCAGCUUAGCGACGGAACACUUGAUUCAGGUGCAAAUAUUACAGAGUGGUUGCUGCGAAAAAACGCUUCAUAUAUCUGGGGCUCGAAGUACGGAUACCAUCUAAAUCUCUGGUUGAAAUAUUUCGACCGGACGCAAUUUUUGUUUUUGGACGGCGAGAAAUUCACCAAAGACAACCCCGCGAUUAUAUUAAGAAAAGUGGAGAGAUUUCUACAAAUUUCGAAUUAUUUCAAAGAUGAAGAUUUCGGGUUUACAUUAGACAAGCCAGGUUUCUAUUGUUAUUUACGCCAACAAAACGGCUGCCUGUUGAGCAGAGGGAAAACUAGCUACCCUAAAAGACUGACUAAGAGCGGAUUUGAGAUUUUGAAAAAAAAAUUAGAACCAGAAUUGAGACUCUUUACUGAAUUGGCACAGAUCAAACUGAACUGGACGGUUGGCCAAGGGUGUCAGGAUUUCAUGUUUAGUCACGAACUAACAGCCUGAUGACGCGACAGACAAACUUUUGACUUCUUACCGGAAUUUAAACAGAACUUUCAAGAAGCACGUAAACAAGACUACUCGUAUUAGGGCUAACUUCUGAAUGUUCUAUCUGCAUUUCAGUUUCUAUGGAAUUAAAAACAAUUGAUGAAAUAAAAAAAAAUAGUUUAAUUUCCUUUCGAAAAUCAUCCCCAUACACGCCAAGGUGAUAUAUUUUGUUUUUAGCGGAGUGUUAAAUGGAACUAAGAUUAUGUAUAAAUCCAA